GCUUAUAAUAAGCUGUUGGAAUCAGGAUAAGGUCAUUUUUUCUUCCAAUGGUUACACCAAAGGCUUCAGUCAUAUCAAGAUCCUUGUUGUCUGUUCCAUCUGCCAGACAUAUUCUCCUUCCAGCUCCAAAAGGUUCAUCCCAAUACUUGGGAUCUCUGUUAAUUGCCCAUGUAUUCACUAUCACUCUGCUCUUCACAG